UAACGACAUUUGACAGAUUUUGCACCUCCCAUGUUUAUGAGGCUACGUUAGUGAAUUUGUGAUUUUGUAAAUAAAAGUUAAUUAGUUAGUAGAAAUGAUUUUACUAGAAAUAAAUAAUAGGGUAGUCGAAGAAACGUUGACGGUUAAAUUAAAAAACGCUCAAAAUGGGCAAAAGAAUGAAAGCAUAGAUGUAACUGUGGCAGAUUUUGAUGGAGUAUUGUAUCAUAUUUCAAAUUUGAACCAGGACAAAUCAAAAAUAAGGGUAAGCAUUUCGCUAAAGUUCUACAAAGAACUGCAGCAACACGGCGCCGAUGAACUGCUCAAACGGGAGUACGGCGAUCUGCUGACCGAUCCUGAGGACGGUUACAACGUGUCUGUGCUGAUCAAUCUUGAGAAUAUACCGUCGAACUGGCCAGAAAUCGUCAAAAAGAUCGGACUGCUGAAACGGAAUUGUUUCGCAUCCGUUUUCGAAAAGUAUUUUAAUUUCCAAGAGCAGGGUGACGAGGGACAGAAACGGGCAGUCAUCCAUUACAGGGACGAUGAAACGCUUUACGUAGAAGCGAAAUCGGAUAGGGUGACGGUGGUUUUCUCUACUCGUUUCCGGGAUGAGGACGAUGUUGUCAUAGGCAAAGUGUUCAUGCAGGAACUGAAAGAAGGUCUUAGGGCAUCCCAUACCGCACCGCCAGUGCUGUUCAGCCAUCGAGAACCACCACGGGAGCUCCAGAACACCGAAGCCAAGGUGGACAACAAUGUUGGUUACGUAACGUUUGUGCUUUUCCCGAGACACACAGCGCCGAACACGCGCGACAACACGAUCAAUUUAAUCCACAUGUUCAGACACUACCUCCACUAUCACAUCAAGUGCUCAAAGGCGUACAUUCACAGCAGGAUGCGGGCAAAAACGUCGGACUUCCUCAAGGUGCUGAAUCGCGCCCGUCCCGAAAACAAGUCCACCGAUAAGAAGACGAUUACAGGAAGGACGUUUGUGCGAAGAGAUUGAACGAAAUGACAAGAUAGUGGUUGAAGAAAAUUACCUAAAAUUACUGCCAGGUUUAGUAACAAUAAACCUUGCUCCAUUGAAAACUGACUUGUUCCAUUUUACACAAGUUAUAUUUUAUGGUUAAUUUUAAAUCGUUUCUUCUUCGUCUUAUUUAUUUUUUAGCACAACAUGAAGCUGCACGUAUUUAUUUCAUCUAAUGAAUACUUCAUAUAAUGUUUGUUUAAAAUGAAACAAAUUAGUUUUUAGCAUAUAAAUAACAGUUGCGUAGUCAAAACUCCGAGUUUAUGUAUAAAAAAAUUAAAAGUUAAAUAUUGUAAAUAGAUUACUAAUUUUGUGCUUCCGGAUAUUGAGAAAAUUUGAAGCACACUUUGCAUAUUGUAUAAAACUACUACAUAUUAAUAUAUGUUUAUGUUUUUUUUUACUUGAAGUAUUUUGCUUAAUUGCCUUUUUGUAAUCGACUAUGUUCAAUUACAGUUGCUUUUUUAUAA